AUGGCGUCGGCGGCUUCUGCUGCUCCAGCGUCUACAGCUCCUGCUGCUGCCUCCGCCGCCGCCGCUGUCUCGGUGCCGGUGAGUCCGGCGGGGGCGUCGGGUCCUGGGGCUCGCCUCUUCGCCGAAGGUGCUGGGUUCCUGCGCCCGGCCGUCAGGCCGGACAGCCACGUCCACGCCGUCAGGGAGAGUCAAGUGGAGCUGCGCGAACAUGACAGCUUGGCCACAGAACUCUGCCGAAUCAAUGAGGACCAGAAAGUCGCCCUUGAUUUAGACUUACGUGAAGAAAAACUGCUCAACGCCCGGCGCAGGGUCGUCCUUGUGAACAACAUACUGCAGAACGCCCCGGAACGGCUGAGAAGGCUCAACCACAAUGUGGGGAAGGAAACUGCCCGCCGGAAGGCCAUGCUUGAAGCGAGCGGCACCUAUCCCCAGGGCUCUCCUAGCAAGUGAGGAAGAUGCCUAGGGAAAUGGACACUGGAGUAAUGUGCUGUUCCUGCCGCCGCAGCGUUUUUAUUCGCAGGUACUGCUGCUGUGUGGACACAGCCUGGAGGGAAUCGAACUGGAUCGCAUGGUGCAAGGAAAGCCCGGUUGUAGAAGGAAAGUGCUACACAUGGGACCCUUCUUAGCUUGCCUGGGGUUGGGAUGUCCUUGGUCACUGAAAAUCCCUGAAACGCUUCCCGGAGAUACUCUUUAACACAGAGUUGGUGCAAUUAGAGUCUGCCUAAGGUUCUUGAGUAACACAAGAUGGGCAAGGAUACUGCUGCCUAUUGGUGCAAUAAAAUUAACUGCUAACUAA